AUGGCAUCCCAAAACACCCUCGACAGCCCCGAUUUCUAUCAAAUCGCCUGGAUCUCUGCUCUUCCUAUCGAGCGGGCCGCUGCAGAAGCGAUGCUUGAUGAGGAACAUACAGCUCCAACCGGCUUCACUAGACACCAAACCGACGUGAACGUCUAUACGUGGGGUCGUGUGGGAGACCAUAAUAUUGUUAUUGCCUCUCUGGCUGCUGGAAACUACGGAACCACCUCGGCUGCAACCACAGCCUCGAGCCUGCUUGCAUCUUUGCCAUCCAUUCGUGUUGGUUUUAUGGUCGGUAUAGGCGGCGGCAUCGCUCGACCGGAUGAGGACUACGAUAUCCGGCUAGGUGAUGUUGUCGUGAGUCAUCCCGAUGGGACCAUGGGUGGCGUCUGCCAGUACGAUCUGAUGAAGGCAAAGUCUGGUGACAAGCGUGAGCGUAAAGGCUUUCUUGGACGGCCACCGACGGUCCUCCUCAGUGCGCUUAGCAAAAUCCAGGCCUACCACGAGCGAAAAAACUCCAAGGUCCCCUACUUCCUUCAAGAAAUGCUGGAGAAGAACCCGAAGAUGGGCAAAAGAUCUAAGCGAAAUCCAGGUUAUGCUCACCAGGGCUUUGACAACGACCGCCUCUUUAAAACUUUAUGCGACCAUAUCCCCGGCCCAGACUGUCGGGGCUGUGACACAGCUAAUGAGGUUCAACGUGAUUCUCGAGAUACUAGUGAUCCCGAUAUUCAUUAUGGGACCAUCGCAUCCGGCAACACACUUAUCAAAGAUGCUGUUGCUCGUGAUCGGAUUGUUGCUGACCUCGGCGAAGAUUGCAUCUGCUUUGAGAUGGAAGCGGCCGGCCUAAUGAACCACUUUCCCUGUCUUGUGAUCCGAGGGGUCUGCGACUACGCCGAUUCUCAUAAGAACGAUCGAUGGCAACGCUACGCCUCGGCGACCGCCGCCGCGUAUACAAAAGAGCUUCUGGCAUCUGAUCUUCGCACUGAUGAGAUCAGGCGCUGGCUUUGUCCCCCGGAUCCGUCUAUAAAUGCUAACCACGCGAGGACGCUGCGUCAUAAGGGGACAGGCGCGUGGUUUCUAAAAAAUCCUGUGUUCGAGUCGUGGCUCUUAGGGUCGCGUCGACAUUUAUGGCUAUACGGGCUUGCGGGAUGUGGGAAGACGGUCCUUAGUACAACUGUGCUUGAUCAUCUUGUAAAGGCAAAUAACGGUCUAAUCCUCAGCUUCUUCUUUGACUUUAGCGACUUCACAAAGCAGACAUUUAAUGGCCUGCUGAGGUCGCUUGCUUUCCAACUUUACCAAGGCGGGGUCGGCUCUACUACAUAUCUUGAUGAUUUGUUUAGAGGACACCAGAAUGGCAGCAGUCAACCUACAACACAGGCACUCUCAGAUAUUAUUUCAAAGAUGCUUAUAGGCCAGAAAAAGGUUUCUAUCGUUCUCGACGCAUUAGAUGAAUCAAAAACAAGGGACGAUAUCCUCCUAUGGAUUAAAGAAAUGGUUUCUAGGCCAGACUUGGCCUAUAUCCAGCUACUUUAUACCAGUCGACCUGAACUCGAGUUUCAACGUUAUAUUCCCCCUCUAAUAGGCGAGGAAAACUGCCUACCACUUGAGAAGCAGGCUGUUAACUCCGAUAUACGGUCGUGGGUAAUAGCACAACUUUCUGAGCGACGAGAUUUUACAGAGAAUCACUUAUCCCAGGAUAUUCUCGAGAGGAUCCAGAAGGCGGUUGGAGACAGGGCCGACGGGAUGUUUAGGUGGGCAUUCUGUCAAUUGAAUAGCCUAGCUCAAUGUCCUCACGAGGCAGCUAUGGAGGAAGCUCUCGUAUCUUUACCACCAGAUCUAAAUUCAACAUAUCAGCGCAUGGUCGAGAGCAUACCGAUAGAGCUAAAAAAUGAUGCAAUACGACUCCUACAAUUCCUAGUAUACUCCAAGCGACCUCUUAAGCUGGCUGAAGCUAGAGAAAUCAUAGCGACGCAGAUGCAAAAUGAGUCAGGAGGUUUUAACAUCAAGCGUCGACUAUUUCGCGAGACUGAUAUUAUGAAAUACUGUCCUAGCUUAGUGGCAGUCGUUCAAGGUGACGUUAAAGAGCUACAUCUUGCCCACUUUUCUGUUAAAGAGUACCUCCUUAAACAUGAUAAUUUCGAAACUACGACUGCUAGCAUUUCUAUAACAAAGACAUGCUUGACUUAUCUUACGGAUAUCAAGGGUAGCAAUGAAGUGAUCAAGCGAGAUUUUCCGAUGGCAAGAUAUGCGGCGAAACUUUGGACAGACCAUGCAGUGUUGGCUGAGGCUUCUGAUGAUAUAGUUCGAGUGAUAGUCAGGUUCCUUGAACAGAGAGCAACAUUCCAACGAUGGGCUCGUUUAUAUAAGGCUGAUAGCAAUUGGGAUCAUCACCCUGGUCCUCCACAAGGCUCUAGACUCUACUAUGCUUGCUUACACGGGCUCGUAGCAGCAGCACGAGAUCUGAUUGCUAAGGGAGCGAAUAUCAACGCGCAGGGCGGCCGGUACGGCAACGCUCUCCAGGCCGCCUCAACUCAAGGCCAUCAAGAAAUUGUCGAGCUUCUUUUAGACAAAGGAGCGGAUAUCAACGCACAGGGCGGCCACUUCGGCAACGCUCUCUAUGCCGCCUCAGAUGGAGGCUAUCAAGAGAUUGUCGAGCUUCUUUUAGAAAAAGGAGCGGAUAUCAACGCACAGGGUGGCUGGUUCGGCAACGCUCUCUAUGCCGCCUCAGAUGGAGGCUAUCAAGAGAUUGUCGAGCUUCUUUUAGACAAAGGAGCGGAUAUCAACGCACAGGGCGGCCGGUACGGCAACGCUCUCUAUGCCGCCUCAGCUGGAGGCCAUCAAGAAAUUGUCGAGCUUCUUUUAGACAAAGGAGCGGAUAUCAACGCACAGGGCGGCCGGUACGGCAACGCUCUCUAUGCCGCCUCAGCUGGAGGCCAUCAAGAGAUUGUCCAGCUUCUUUUAGACAAAGGAGCGGAUAUCAACGCACAGGGUGGCGGGUUCGGCAACGCUCUCUAUGCCGCCUCAGCUGGAGGCCAUCAAGAGAUUGUCCAGCUUCUUUUAGACAAAGGAGCGGAUAUCAACGCACAGGGCGGCGAGUACGGCAACGCUCUCCAGGCCGCCUUAGCCGGAGGCUAUCAAGAGAUUGUCGAGCUUCUUUUAGACAAAGGAGCGGAUAUCAACGCACAGGGCGGCUACUUCGGCAACGCUCUCUAUGCCGCCUCAACUCAAGGCCAUCAAGAAAUUGUCGAGCUUCUUUUAGACAAAGGAGCGGAUAUCAACGCACAGGGCGGCCACUUCGGCAACGCUCUCUAUGCCGCCUCAGAUGGAGGCCAUCAAGAGAUUGUCGAGCUUCUUUUAGAAAAAGGAGCGGAUAUCAACGCACAGGGCGGCGAGUACGGCAACGCUCUCCAGGCCGCCUCAGCUGGAGGCCAUCAAGAGAUUGUCGAGCUUCUUUUAGAAAAAGGAGCGGAUAUCAACGCACAGGGCGGCGAGUACGGCAACGCUCUCCAGGCCGCCUCACGCGGAGGCUAUCAAGAGAUGGUCGAGCUUCUUUUAGACAAAGGAGCGGAUAUCAACGCACAGGGCGGCGAGUACGGCAACGCUCUCUAUGCCGCCUCAACUCAAGGCUAUCAAGAGAUUGUCGAGCUUCUUUUAGACAAAGGAGCGGAUAUCAACGCACAGGGCGGCCGGUACGGCAACGCUCUCCAGGCCGCCUCACGCGGAGGCCAUCAAGAAAUUGUCGAGCUUCUUUUAGACAAAGGAGCGGAUAUCAACGCACAGGGCGGCGAGUACGGCAACGCUCUCUAUGCCGCCUCAACUCAAGGCUAUCAAGAGAUUGUCGAGCUUCUUUUAGACAAAGGAGCGGAUAUCAACGCACAGGGCGGCCGGUACGGCAACGCUCUCUAUGCCGCCUCAGCUGGAGGCCAUCAAGAAAUUGUCGAGCUUCUUUUAGACAAAGGAGCAGAUAUCAACGCACAGGCCGGCGAGUACGGCAAAGCUCUCUAUGCCGCCUCAACUCAAGGCCAUCAAGAAAUUGUCGAGCUUCUUUUAGACAAAGGAGCGGAUAUCAACGCACAGGGCGGCCGGCACGGCAACGCUCUCCAGGCCGCCUCAACUCAAGGCCAUCAAGAGAUUGUUGAGCUUCUUUUAGACAAAGGAGCGGAUAUCAACGCACAGGGCGGCGAGUACGGCAACGCUCUCCAGGCCGCCUCACGCGGAGGCCAUCAAGAGAUUGUCGAGCUUCUUUUAGACAAAGGAGCGGAUAUCAACGCACAGGGCGGCGAGUACGGCAACGCUCUCCAGGCCGCCUCAGCUGGAGGCCAUCAAGAGAUUGUCGAGCUUCUUUUAGAAAAAGGAGCGGAUAUCAACGCACAGGGCGGCGAGUACGGCAACGCUCUCCAGGCCGCCUCAUAUGAAGGCUAUCAAGAAAUUGUCGAGCUUCUUUUAGACAAAGGAGCGGAUAUCAACGCACAGGGCGGCCGGUACGGCAACGCUCUCCAGGCCGCCUCAGCUGGAGGCCAUCAAGAGAUUGUCGAGCUUCUUUUAGAAAAAGAAGCGGAUAUCAACGCACAGGGUGGCGGGUUCGGCAACGCUCUCCAGGCCGCCUCAUCUGGAGGCUAUCAAGAGAUUGUCGAGCUUCUUUUAGACAAAGGAGCGGAUAUCAACGCACAGGGCGGCGAGUACGGCAACGCUCUCCAGGCCGCCUCAUAUAGAGGCCAUCAAGAGAUUGUCGAGCUUCUUUUAGACAAAGGAGCGGAUAUCAACGCACAGGGUGGCUGGUUCGGCAACGCUCUCCAGGCCGCCUCAGCUGGAGGCUAUCAAGAGAUUGUCAAGCUUCUUUUAGACAAAGGAGCGGAUAUCAACGCACAGGGCGGCCAGUACGGCAACGCUCUCCAGGCCGCCUCACGCGGAGGCCAUCAAGAGAUUGUCGAGCUUCUUUUAGACAAAGGAGCGGAUAUCAACGCACAGGGCGGCGAGUACGGCAACGCUCUCCAGGCCGCCUCAUAUAGAGGCCAUCAAGAGAUUGUCGAGCUUCUUUUAGACAAAGGAGCGGAUAUCAACGCACAGGGUGGCUGGUUCGGCAACGCUCUCCAGGCCGCCUCAACUGGAGGCCAUCAAGAGAUUGUCCAGCUUCUUUUAGACAAAGGAGCGGAUAUCAACGCACAGGGUGGCGGGUUCGGCAACGCUCUCUAUGCCGCCUCAGCUGGAGGCCAUCAAGAGAUUGUCCAGCUUCUUUUAGACAAAGGAGCGGAUAUCAACGCACAGGGUAGCGAGUACGACGGAGAAACUUCGUCGGAUGGACUUACCUUCUGA